AUGAACUCUAAUCAUUCUCCUUUCGAAUCACUUCAACAAUACCUGGUCGAAGAAGACGAUCCUUCCUCCUCCAUGACUCUCAUGAAUGGCUUCUUCACUGGCAGCAACCGUACUUCGAAUCUGGACUGUGACAUGGCUUUGCCGGAGCAGGGAGUUAGCAGCUCCACUGGGAACGCGCCACCAAGAUGGAGGAAUUACCGAGGUGUGAGGCGGCGGCCUUGGGGGAAGUUCGCUGCUGAGAUCCGGCACCCGAAUGGAAACGGUGCAAGGACGUGGCUGGGAACUUAUGAGAAGGAAGAGGAUGCAGCUCUGGCUUAUGAUAGAGCCGCUUUCAAGAUGCAUGGUAGAAAAGCCAAGCUCAAUUUUCCUCACCUCAUUGCGCCGCAGCCACCGCCGGAGCCGGCGGCAAGAGUGGUGGCUGGACAGAAACGGCACAGCUCGCCGGAACCUUCGUCGCCGUCAAACAAGACAUCUGAGGAUGAUGGAUCUCAAGGGUCAAGCAAGAAGAAGAGCCUGACUGAACUAUUGAACAAGUUAGCAGCAAAUAGAAGCCAUGUCAGAUUGGGUUGA